AUGGUUCUCAGAAGUACAAAUUCGCCAUUGACCUCGGAGUUCGAUGCCUUGGUACAGCAGCAGAUGGACAAAUGGAAAGUCCCCGGGCUAUCCAUGGCCGUGGUUCAUGGCUCCAGCACCUGGUCAAAAGCGUAUGGAUUCGCCAAGUUUCCUGAUCGCAAGAUGACUACCGAUUCUCUUUUCUCAACUUGUAGCACCACUAAAGCAUUCACAGCAGCGGCCAUGUCUCUCGCCAUCAACGAUAGCAAGAAUACUAAAUCCCCCCUUCGCUGGGAUACACCAAUUGCCUCCAUACUGAGAGAUGACUUUGUGCUGGAGAACGAUUACAGUACAAUGCAUACUACCAUAGAAGAUGCUCUAUCGCACCGCUCAGGGCUAUCAACUCACGACGCUUGUUUGAAUUUAGCGCAUCCUCAGAGAUCCCUGCGCGAAGCAGUUCGAAAAUUGCGAUAUCUUCCUAUCGCCUAUGCACCCCGCACUACUUUCUCUUAUAACAACAACAUGUAUAUGGUGGUAUCUCAUGCAUUGGAACAAAUCGAAGGCAGAACUCUCGGGGAGACUCUCAAGAAACGCAUUUGGAAUCCAUUGGGAAUGAAAGAUACCUAUUUCUCUGUGACAGAUGUCUCGCGAGACCCAUCUCUUCGUCCUCGACUCGUGCAAGGCUACACCUGGGACCAAGACACAAACACCUACAUUGCAGAACCAUACAUUAACGAUGUCGCUUUGACUGGCGCCGGUGCCAUGGUGAGCAACGUACUUGAGUACACCAAGUGGUUACGCGCAAUGAUAUAUCAAAAGGGUCCUAUCUCUCCACAAAGCCGCGCAGAACUCUUGAAGCCGCGCACGGUGAUCACGAAUUGGGAUGAGCUCGUCGGACCCCCUCCGGUCCCAUGCCAUCUCUAUGCCCUGGGAUGGUUUGUGGAUAGUUACGACGGUGAGCCUUUCUAUUGGCACAGCGGAAGUUGGCCCGGAUUCGGCAUCAUGAUAGGCUUCCUACCAAGUAAGGGCUUUGGCUUUGCCAUGAUGGGUAACACGACCAAUGCUCGGAAUGCGCAGGUGGAGAUCUACAUGCACCUUCUGGAUCAGAUUUUUGGUGGAUCAGGGAUCCCAUGCUCGGGGGCACCGGCGACAAAAGCAGAAAACAGGAAGAUCGGAGCCAAGUCCGAGUGUAUGGAAGAAGCCAUCAAACGGCUUUAUCCAUCUCUGCCCGAUCCUGUUAUUUCCCAUUCUCUGCCGUUGAACCAGUAUGCAGGAAAAUACGAGCAUCUUGCCUACGGUUCUAUCACUUUAUCUCUCAAAGAUGGGUGUUUGGUGGCAGAUCUACUAGACCGUGUUGUACCUUCCCUUAUCGCUCUCGCCCAUGUCAGCGGGGAGUUCUUUGUGGCGCAUCACUACCAGCCCAGGAAAAUUGGAUCUUUGUCUGAUUACUACUCGAUAGAAUUCAUAGUGGGUUCUAAUGGAAUUGCCACGGCAAUGGGCAUGGAUGUGGAGCCCGCUUUGGAAGGAGAGAAGAUGUGGUUCGAUCGCAAGUAUUGA